AUUUAUUUUGAUAUUCUACCUUUGCUAGCUGCUCGGGCGAUUCUCGAUAUCGAUUAUACGGUAUUAAUAUAUAGUAUUAAUAAAUACUCCCACUAUUUCGAUAGAUAUAUUUUUAUUAUAUAG